CGCACCCAUUCUUUCCGUACCCACUUCGGGCGUCCAGAAUAGGGGGGGCGGCAUCGACCCCCAGUCGCCCACGGAUCGCCGAUCGGGGGUCCGCUGGCCCCCGCCCGCCCAGGGACGGCGCGGCGCCGCCGGCGGGGGCCCGGCGCCCGAUCCGUCGGCGAGGCGUCGCCGCUGCCGGGUCGACGCCUCCCCCCCGUCCUGCCGGCCCCCCACUCGCCAGCGCUGCCCCCCACCCCCAAGUGGCGGGCGAGCCCUGAUGGGGCCCCAGCGGCCGACCCGCAGGGCCGCGCCCCUCCUGCUGGGCGCGCUCUGCGCCGCCGCGGCCGCGCGGGCGCUCGGCGCGCUCCGGGGCGCCCGCGCGGGGCCCGCGGCGGGCGCGGGCGAGGCGCUGCGGCGGAGGCUCUCCGGGGCUUGGCGGGCGAGGCCGGCCCCGGCCACGGACGUCCCCCCCGAGGCGCUCCCGCCCGCGAGGGUCAUCCGGGGCCAUCUGUCCAGGAGCCUGUUCUUUCGGUGCCUCGGCAGGGAGGAGAUGGACGUGGUCAUCCGUGCGAUGAGGUCCCGGGUGGUGCAGCCGUGCGAGAGCAUCAUCUCGAGGGGGGCGAAGGGAGAUUCCAUGUUUUUGGUUGUCUCGGGUGCCUUCGACUGUAUGGUCCCCAUCAACGGGACAGACGCCGUCGUCAAGAUGGUGCGCGCCGGCGACAUCGUUGGGGAGCUCGCCAUCCUCUACGACCGGCCGAGGGCCGCGAGCGUGGUGUGCCGGAAGAGGGCCAUGGUGUUGGAGUUGGAUGGCGACGUUUUCUGGGCGGUCGUGAAGCGGUCACCGAAGCAGUGGAAGAUGGUGGUGCGCACGAUCUUCGAUUUUUUCGACUCGGACAAGAGUGGGCAGAUCGACAAGGAGGAGGUGCGCUUGGCCAUGCGCUCGCUGGGUGCGACACUUUCAGAGAAGGAGCUUGCCAACUUCAUGAAACAGCACGACAGAGACGGCAAUGGUGAGAUCGAUCUGUUGGAGUUUUCGAAUAUGCUUGACGACUUACCAUCUCGGCAUGCAUAUCCUGAUGACACCGCAACUUCCAAGGAUGUGAUCUAGAAUCUAGAACACGACACAGACGGCAAUGGCGAGAAUGAUAUGUUGGAAGUUUCGAAUUUGCUUGACGAUUUUCCAUUUUGGCAUGCACAUCCUGAUGACACCGCAGCUCCCAAGGAUGUGAUCUAGAAUCUAGAACCCAGGAAGCCAAGUCGACCAUGAUACAUUUGCUUGGUCCACAUCCUCCAUUCUCCUUCUCAUGCCUUUUUCUCCUGCUUUCUCUUGUACCCUGUUGGGGUGACUCGUCGGCGCAUACUUACGGCUCAACUAUCUGCUGGUAUGCGAAGCGGCCUCGCAUGGGGAUGGCACUCUGAGGCACAUGUGGAUGCAAGCGCACUCAAACGACUUCCCCUUUCCCUCGCAUGAUCGACCUUGUUUUGUCUGGGUAGAGAUUGCGCAGCGGGUGCUGUAUCAUAGAUCCGCCGUUUGAAGCCCACCGCAGAUUUGUGGACAUGUGUUUUGUAUAACACGUCAAUUUUACUUUCCAGACACACGCAUGGGGGUCUGGUUCGUGACAGCUUAACGAUUCAGUGAGAUGCCUCCAGGUGCUCCGCUGGAAAGUGCACGCCCCGCGCAGCGGGUGUAAGUUACCACGCGCCUUCUGUGCCUCGCAGAGGCAUCUGGGCCCGCAGCUCUGGACGAGCUUCCUCGGGCGGUGCGUCUCCCACAUUGCGUUCUUCGCCCAAGUCGAACCACCCACGACAGGAGCCCCCUUUUGGUGAAAAUGUAAUUGUGUGAAUGCCGUCGGCAAGAGGAAACAGCAUGGCCACAACGGGUGUGCACCCAAGCCUCUGUUUUCCCCACAUCCUAAUAAUUUUGUUUUUGUUGCGAAUACGUGGUUUUCAGUGAAUC